AUGGCGCCCACCGCAGCUCCGGCGGCCGCCAGCCGCCAUGAGAUGAUAAUUGCCAAGAUCUGGUAUUUUUUGUACAGCGGCAGCCUGGUGUUCUUCAUCCCCUACAUACCCCUGUUUCUGAAGCGGGACCUCCAUUGGGAGCCCUGGCGGGUCGGGCUCAUCAACGGCCUCCGCCCCUGGAUAUCCGCGCCCUGCUCCCUCCUCAUCUGCUCGCUCGCCGACCGGCUGAAGUGCCACAGGCAGAUGCUGGUCGCGUGCUACGUCACAUCCUUCGCCCUCAGGGGCGCCCUAGCACUCGUGCCCUCGAGCUUCGGGGCCGUGGCGGCGCUGGUGCUGCUCGGGGAUGCUCUCGCGGCGCCUUGCCCCGUGAUCGCGGACUCCACUGUGGUGGCCAAGUGCUCGCGGGAUGGGGACUAUGGCAAGCAGCGCGUGUUUGCGUCGAUCGGUUGGGGGACCCUCUCCACCGUGGCCGGGGCCCUGAUCAGCCACACCAAUGUGAAGUGGGGCAUGCUCGUGUACGUCUGCAUGUGCGUCCCGAACGUGGCGGCCGCGUGGCUGGUGACUGCGCCGAGCAAGCCCACGGAAAGCCAGAGCAAUGAGGGCGGCAGCGCAAAGGAGGACGCGGGUGGCGCCGCGGCGGAUAAGCUGGCCGCAAAGGCAGGGGCCAAGGAGGAGACUGGAGACGCCGCCGCUGCGAAGAAUUACCUUAUUUCAGCCAUCACAGAGAAAGCAGCGGCCGCAGAGACAGACAGCAGUGCGGACCCUGCGCCCGCCGUGCCCAGCAGCGGUGGAGUUGCGGCGCCGGCGGCGCUCGUGACGGAUCAAGGGGCGGCCGAGCAACGGCCGCAGCAGUAUUCACCCGCGCCGCGGCACGCCCGCCACCCCACCGCAAGCUUCACAGGCGCCGACCUGCGGGCGCAGCUGCUGGCGGCCUCCGUCCACGCGGCCGCGCAGGCCGUCGGCGACCACAGCAUUACCGGCGGCGCAGCGCCGCGCGCGGCGGCGGCGGUCAGCGGGGCUGCAGCCGCAGCUGCAGACGCUGCCGCCGCCAGCGGCAAGGGCGAGGCGCCGGGCGUCUGGUCGCUGCUGAGGCAGCCGCGGGUCAUGACGUUCCUCAUGCGCGCGCUGAUGAUCGGCUACGGGCUGGGCACCCAGCAGUCGUUCACGUUCCUUCUGGUGCAGCAGAUGGGGGGGACGGAGCUGCUCAUGGGGGUCAUGCUGCUGGGGAUGUUGCCAUGA